AUGUAUGAUCAGUUGUACGAGGAGAUAAGCAACGGCAUGCCCCAUGAUAUGAUUCUAGCACAACGGGCUGUCAUGUGGGUUUUGGCCGCACGGGAACCCCUUCCACGAGAAGACCUCCCCGAGGCCAUCCGUAUCAAUCCCGACCUUGAUAGUGCGGAGAUGUGUACCGUGAUCACCGAAGACGCAUUGCUUUCAUUGUGCCGCAAUCUGCUCGUCAUUGAUUCAGAACAAAACGUGUGGCGAGUGUCGCACCUGUCCGUCGCAGAAUACUUCAAAUCCCGUCACGGCUGGACUGAUGGCGUGAUCAAUACGAUGGUAAGCAAAGCUUGUCUGCUAUUCCUGUUGAGUGAGACGCAUUAUCUCGAAGACCCCCAAUUUCGUGAGAGCUCUGCCAUCAAGCGUCGCCGUCGGAAACCCAAUAGAACCAAAUACAAGCGACCGCUCCUAUACUAUGUCACUUAUCGUUGA